AUGGACGUGGACGUGCGCAGCCCGCUGGCCCACCCAGGCGGCCAAGACGAGGGGCAGUUCGAACGAGAGCUGUUCUCCAACAACAGCAUCACGUGGAAGGAAAAGUAUGAAGAAACGAAGGAGCUUCUCCGAAGCUACAAUUUGUUCUCAGACCACCUGAUUAAUUACAGCGUGGAUUUCUACUUCAACAAAUUGGGGUUCAACAGGCUGCACUUCGAGGAAACGAGUCCACUCCUGAUAAGUAAAGUAGUGGUGUGUAUCAUAACGGCCAAGAUAAACGAGCAGUAUUCAAGCGAUAAGUACUUUCCAACAUUUGAAGAAAAACACGACAACGUUAUAUUCAUAAUAACGAGGGUCUUCGCAGAUGACAACAAGACGAGGUUGAAUUACAAAAUGGAAAAGAAGAUUGAAGAAAAAUAUUUCCACUUUAGUGAUAUGUCGAAGGAUUGUUACCGAAUGAAGAGCUUCCGAUCUGUUCACUCCGUGUUCGAUAAAGAGCACACCUACGAAGAACCCCUACGCACGUACAUAUUGGAACUCCCAACAUAUAGUGAAGACAUUAUUAGUGAAAAUGAAACAGACUUGGAGAAACUUAUGGAUGUUAAUUUUUACAGCUACAUUAAGGGAACGAAAAGGGAGAAAAUCUACUACGAGUUGAAUAAAGCAGUGUUGUACGACUUAACAGGACAGUUUAUCCAAACGUAUUACUACACCACGUCGGAGAACACCUUCUCGUUAACCAUUGCUGUGAAGAGGAGUAAUGUUAUAUCGUCCAUUUUUUCCCUCAUCGGAGAUUGUUUGAAUAUGCACAGAUGCUUCUCCUACUCCAAGUUUGUGGAGCCCCUCAAAAACGGAGUCCUCCUAAUUAUUCUAAACGUUAAUGUGAUCACCAAUUCGGAGGAGAAUAAGAAAGGAAUGCAGGACGCCCAACAAAUGCUCCUAUCCCUAGAGGGGAAGAUCCACAAAAUUGUAAAGUCGCUAAAGACCUUGUGCUUGUUUAACGAUUCCAAGUUCAUACAACUCUCCGUUAAGCGUAUAUUCACUGCAGAAGAAUCGGCAUACAUUUUUUUAAUCAUUAAGUUUAUCACCUUUUUUUCGACGAACUCCUUCUCCAGUUACAAAAAUGUGGAACACGCCCUGCAUCUGAGAAACAACACCGACUCCACCACCAGCAGUAGUAGUAGUGCCAUUCUGAACGACUUCUACAUAAUUAAGGAGAAGCUUAAGAGCUCCAAGUAUACCAAGGAGGAGAUCCUGAGUUGUGCCCUUAGCAAUGUGAAGACGAUUAAGCUGCUCUUUGCCAAUUUUGAGAGGAAAAUGAAUCACCAGGGGGGGGAAGUCUUACCCACCUCCACGUCUAGCAACUCCUCCAGCGAUUCAUCACACCAAUCCGCACACCACACCGAUUCGUACAAGUCUACCAAGGAUAUUGUCGACGAAAUAGAGGACAACCAGCAUAAGAAGAUCCUGCAGUAUUUUCACCUUUUCGAGAAACACGCAAUAAAAACGAACUUUUUCCGUAUGCACAAAAUCAGCUUCGCAGUAUCCUUUGAUGGUGCACUUCUGAAAGAUUCUAUAUAUGACGCCGAGCCCUACUCCGUCAUUAUGAUCUGUGGCCUCCACUUUGUUGGCUUCCAUAUCAGAUUCACCAGGAUCUCCAGAGGUGGUAUCAGAAUUGUCAUAUCGAACAACAUGAACUCCUACAUGCACAACUACAACAACCUCUUCGACGAAGCGUAUAACCUCGCCUACACACAGAACUUUAAAAAUAAGGACAUACCAGAGGGAGGAAGCAAAGGAAUCCUCCUCCUAGAUCCAGACGUGUGCAAUGUUGCCAAUACGAAGUAUAUAAAAAAUUUGUGCUUUUACUCCUAUGUGAAUUCUAUACUGGAUCUAUUGACCGAUGGAAGGGGGGACAACAAUAACGGUUUUGGAACAAAGGAUGGUGACCUCCUUGGCGGCAUUUCGCUAAACUCCACUAUGGAUAGGAACUACAACACGUCCACCUUGGGGGAUAUCACUGCGGAUGUGUUAACGCCGAGCAGGGACUUCUCCUACGUGAACGGCACGGCGGAACAGGCGGUGCAGAAGAUCAUGUGUGCAAAACAUAGAGAAGACGUCCAAUUGGAUAAUCACGCAGAAGAGGAAGACCUGAUCUUCCUCGGCCCAGACGAAAACACGGGUUCAGACCAACUCAUGGACUGGGCUUGUAUAAUCGCAAAAAAGAGGGGCUACAAAUUCUGGAAAACAUUUUCCACAGGAAAGCUCCGCAAAAAUGGAGGAGUCCCUCAUGACUACUACGGAAUGACAACCCUGGGGAUAGAGACGUAUAUAAGGAAGCUAUGUGAAAAAUUGAACCUGAAGGAGGAAAGUAUAAGCAGAUCCAUCGUUGGAGGUCCAGAUGGUGAUUUAGGAAGUAAUGCCAUUUUGCAGUCGAACACGAAAAUAACGUCCAUCAUUGACGGUUCGGGGGUUCUGUACGAUAAAAACGGGUUGAACAAGGAGGAACUGAUCCGGCUAGCUAACAGGAGAAACACUCCAGGGAAGAAGCUACCCACGUCCUGCACCCUCUACAAUGAGGAAUAUCUUUCCAAAGAUGGGUUCAAAAUAUCGAUUGAAGAUCACAACGUAGAUGUGUUAGGGAAAAUUAUUAAGAGCGGCCUAGAGUAUAGAAACAGCUUCUUCCUGAACCCACUGAAUACAUGCGACCUGUUCAAUCCCUGUGGAGGUAGACCCCACUCCAUCAACGUGUUUAACGUUAAUAGCAUUAUUAUAAACGAACGGUGCAUCUACAAGUACAUCGUUGAAGGGGCAAAUGUGUUCAUCUCAGACGAUGCGAGGAAAAUUCUUGAAGCGAAAAAUGUGAUUCUUUUUAAGGAUGCAUCUACCAACAAGGGAGGAGUCAUAUCGAGUAGUUUGGAGGUUCUAGCCGGGUUGGUCCUCUCCGACCAGCAGUUCAUCCAAAUGAUGUGCUCCCCCGAUAGCGACAUCCUCCUCGUGGAUGAAAAUGAACUUACCUUCAUGAACCUGAACCAGAAGAACAACCAUUCGCUGUCCUUCACGCGUUCCAUGCUGAUGGGAAGGAACACGCAGAAUGAGAAGAGGGAAACAGAAGGGGAAGAAAUUCAACCGAACAACCUGGAUGAUUGCGUCUCCCCCUUUUACAAGCAAUACGUGAAGGAAAUCCAGAAGAAGAUCGUCCACUACUGCGAGUUGGAGUUCGAAUCCCUGUGGAGCGAAACUAGGCGAACCAAGACAUCCAUCUCCCAAGCCACAAACGUCCUGUCCAACAAAAUCAGCGAACUGAAAAAGGACAUCCUCUCGUCGGAUACCCUCUGCACAGACCGCAAGCUCAUGCAGAAGGUAUUGAAGGAUGUUAUUCCAAGCAUUCUCCUUGAAAAGGUAACCUUCGACCAGAUCUUCGAGAGGGUGCCCUACAUCUACCUGCGCUCCCUCUUCGCAGCUGCUCUUGCAUCCAACUACUACUACUCCCAGCAGUUCCUCAGUGACCUCUCCGUCUUUAACUUCUUCGAGUACAUUCGUCGUCUGCAGAGUGAUGCGUAA